AUGACGCGCAGGCAUCUCUGCCAGAUCUUUACUCAACUCAACUCCUCGUCAAACUCGGACUCGCUCUCAGCAGUAUAUCAAUCUCCCCAUCCUCACCCUCCCCUCCCGCGGGUCUCAAUCGAGCAGCCCAGCAUCCCCUCCCUCCCUCCAGGCCCUAGCUGGCGCCUCACCGUCUCGCGCACGGGUCACUCCGCACACCUACACUCUCCGUACUCCUACCUCGUCAGGCGGCACCGAAGGGCCAAUGAGCUCUUCACGCCAUCCUGUACCCAAUCUCACCUCCCAGCCGCCUCCUCAGUCACCGCACGAUCCCACCCAGCCGCACUCGCGCAUAUAAGCUCCCCCCGUAAGCCGUCCAACUACGAAGCCGUGACACCACAUCUUCCACAAACAGAAACCCCGUAA